CAUCCUUCCUCUCAUACCCGCACACAUCGCACCUUCCUUCUUCUACGCAGUUCAAUUCAUUGAUUGAAUUGGCUCGCUGUUUCGCCGUCUCUUUGUUUGCAGCAUACCCCCCUCCACACAUCACAGCCGUAUUCACACACAAACGUCAUCAUGGGUCCCGCCGUCGGUAUCGAUCUGGGUACCACGUACUCGUGCGUGGGCAUCUUCCGCGAGGAUCGAUGCGAUAUCAUUGCCAACGACCAGGGCAACCGCACCACGCCCUCUUUCGUUGCCUUCACCGACACUGAGCGUCUGAUUGGCGAUGCCGCCAAGAACCAGGUCGCCAUGAACCCUCACAACACCGUCUUCGACGCCAAGCGAUUGAUUGGCCGCAAGUUCAACGACGCUGAGGUCCAGGCCGACAUGAAGCAUUUCCCCUUCAAGGUCACCGACAAGGCUGGCAAGCCUGCCAUCGAGGUCGAGUUCAAGGGCGAGCAGAAGACCUUCACCCCCGAAGAGAUCUCUUCCAUGGUCUUGACCAAGAUGCGUGAGACUGCCGAGAGCUACCUGGGCACCCAGGUCACCAAUGCUGUCGUCACUGUCCCUGCCUACUUCAACGACAGCCAGCGCCAGGCCACCAAGGACGCUGGUCUCAUCGCCGGCCUCAACGUCCUGCGUAUCAUCAACGAGCCCACGGCCGCCGCCAUCGCCUACGGCCUGGACAAGAAGGUUGAGGGCGAGCGCAACGUCCUCAUUUUCGAUCUUGGCGGUGGUACUUUCGAUGUGUCCCUCCUGACCAUUGAGGAGGGCAUUUUCGAGGUCAAGUCCACCGCUGGUGACACUCAUCUGGGUGGUGAGGACUUCGACAACCGUCUUGUCAAUCAUUUUGUCUUGGAGUUCAAGAGGAAAUUUAAGAAAGAUCUGUCUACCAACGCUCGUGCUCUGCGCCGUCUCCGAACUGCCUGCGAGCGUGCCAAGCGCACUCUUUCUUCGUCUGCCCAGACGUCCAUUGAGAUCGACUCCCUGUUUGAGGGUAUCGACUUCUACACCUCCAUCACCCGCGCCCGCUUUGAGGAGCUCUGCCAGGACCUCUUCCGCUCCACCAUUCAGCCCGUCGACCGCGUCCUCAGCGAUGCCAAGAUCGACAAGAGCCAGGUCCACGAGAUCGUCCUCGUCGGCGGCUCCACGCGUAUUCCCCGCAUCCAGAAGCUUAUUGCCGACUACUUCAACGGCAAGGAGCCCAACAAGUCCAUCAACCCCGAUGAGGCUGUUGCCUAUGGUGCUGCCGUUCAGGCUGCCAUUCUGUCUGGCGACACCUCUUCCAAGUCGACCAACGAGAUCCUGCUUCUCGACGUCGCGCCUCUGUCUCUUGGUAUCGAGACCGCUGGUGGUAUGAUGACCAAGCUCAUUCCCCGCAACACCACCAUCCCCACCAAGAAGUCCGAGGUCUUCUCCACCUUCUCCGACAACCAGCCCGGUGUGCUCAUCCAGGUCUACGAGGGUGAGCGCCAGCGCACCAAGGACAACAACCUGAUGGGCAAGUUCGAGCUUACCGGCAUCCCUCCUGCUCCUCGUGGUGUGCCCCAGAUUGAGGUCACCUUCGACCUCGACGCCAACGGCAUCAUGAACGUCUCCGCCGUUGAGAAGGGUACGGGCAAGUCCAACAAGAUCGUCAUCACCAACGACAAGGGCCGCCUGUCCAAGGAGGAGAUCGAGCGCAUGCUUGCCGAUGCCGAGAAGUACAAGGACGAGGAUGAGGCCGAAGGUCGCCGUGUUGCUGCCAAGAACGGUCUCGAGUCGUAUGCGUACUCUCUGCGCAACACUCUGUCCGACCCCAAGGUCGACGAGAAGAUUGAGGCCGCCGACAAGGAGACCCUCAAGACCGAGAUUGACAAGGUUGUCGCUUGGCUCGACGACAGCCAGCAGGCCACUCGUGAGGAGUAUGAGGAGCAUCAGAAGGAGCUUGAGGCCGUUGCCAACCCCAUCAUGAUGAAGUUCUACGGCUCCGAGGGCGGUCCUCCCGGUGGCAUGCCCGGUGGCGCUCCCGGCGGCUUCCCCGGUGCUGGUGGCCCCCCUGGCGGCGCUGGCGGCGACGACGGUCCCACUGUCGAGGAGGUCGACUAAAUAUCUUGAUACCCCUUCCAAAUUGGUAAUGCGUUUACGAUGCGGAGGUUCACGGGGUUCAGGGAUUACGAGCUGAUUAGAUUUUGCGCUUGCGUUGCACUUUCAAUGGUUAUGACAGGGAACGGAAAACAGGGUGGUCACCCCUGCAUUUGUACUUUAAUGAGCAAAGGAAUUAAAAUUUCAACGGCAUAGACUACACAAAGCCCUCUAUUGCUGUGGCAGUAGUUGUGAUCCAGAUCUCCUGAUAUGAAAUUCGCGAGGGAAAUAAUCCCAGUGACUGCUGACAUUUACCCACGUUGGUUAUACGUGUGUUUGCCUGGCUGGCGCAACCGGUGAGCAGGAGGUUAUCUGUUACGUGGUCGUGGAAAUUUGUAUGAUGGCUUCGAGUCCAGAAGCCAGUGAUCAAGCGGAGUAUACACCGGUGAGUUGUGCAAUUAGGCACAAGAACGAACAAGGUCCUCUUCUUGUCGUCCGGCUCGUUACACACCCAGGACAAUCAGGAAUAAAUAACAUCAACAGGCGUUUGUCAGAUCGUAUGGAGCAGAGAAAACGCGCCUGAUUUGCGUGAUGGUUUAUGUAUAUGGUAUAUAAUGGUAUGAUGUGGUUUUUCUCGGCCGUCAUGAAGCCUUGUCGUGCCCAAGUUCUGUUCGGGCCGCCCUCCUCCUGGCUUCCUCGGCAGUCCG